UCAGCUGCCAGCAUCUGAUUAAAACCAUAUCGCUCGCUGUGAGUGGCUAACUAAUCUGAAGGCGAGAGCGCAACAGAAUAUUUAACCGGGGCCCCGGUCCCAGCCAGGCUACCGGCUGCUCUCACCGGAUCAUGCCCGGAGCGGCACGGAUAUAGCCCCCUACAGUGAACAUAACUGGCCACAGUCCCAUCAUGUCUACUGAAGCUGAAACUACUGCUACCAACAGCCAGCCUGAACAACAGGCUCCACCAAAGGCACAAUCUUCAAAGAAGGAAAAAAAGAAAGGGCCAGAAAAAACAGAUGAAUCUCUCUUGGCUAGAUUCAAAGGUGAUGGUGUAAAAUACAAGGCUAAACUGAUUGGCAUAGAUGAUGUUCCCGAGGCAAGAGGAGACAAAAUGAGUCAGGAUUCAAUGAUGAAGCUGAAGGGAAUGGCAGCAGCAGCCCGUUCCCAGGGCCAACACAAACAGAAGAUCUGGGUAAACAUCUCCCUCUCUGGUAUCAAGAUAAUAGAUGAAAAAACUGGGGUCAUAGAACAUGAGCAUCCAGUAAACAAAAUCUCCUUUAUUGCUCGGGAUGUAACAGACAAUCGUGCCUUUGGCUAUAUAUGUGGAGGAGAAGGCCAGCACCAAUUUUUUGCCAUAAAAACAGCCCAGCAGGCUGAGCCUCUGGUUUCUGAUCUUAAGGACCUCUUCCAACUAAUUUAUAAUAUGAAGAAGAAGGAAGAAGAAGAAAAGAAAAAGAAUGAUGGUGAAGAACUGCCUGCUGAUCAAGCUGAUAAAAUGAAACCGGGAGUUGACCAGAUGGACUUGUUUGGGGAUAUGUCAACACCACCUGAUAUGAGCACUCCCACAGAAGCUAAAGAGAUUCUGUUAGUGGAUUUUAAUUCUGAAAUUGAGACCAAACAAACCUUUGCAAAAGAGGAUCUCUUCUUGAAUGGCAUCACAGCCUCUCUUCCACAACCAAAGGCACAGUCACCCUUCUUGCCUGAGAGUUCUUUCUCUACCAAUCUCAGCUUCUUUCCUACACCUAAUCCAGACCCUUUCAGUGAUGAUCCUUUCACACAGCCAGCCCAAUCUGCACAACCUUCAUUUGAUUCUCUAAAAUCUGAUCAGAAGAAAAGUCCAACUACCUUGACAUCAGGGGGUAAUGGUGAUCCAAAUGGUGAUGUUGACUACUUUGAUAAACAGUUUGACCAGAUUUCUAAUAGAACUGGCAAACAAGAAGCACUAACAUGCCUGUGGCCACCAGUGAGUAAGUCACCUGCAGCAAGAAUUCCCAAUGUGAUACCAGAGAGAGAAAGGAAUGGCUUUCCUGAAGCCCCAACAAACCUGUUUCUGGAAGGUGCUUCCAAAGGAACAUCUCUGCAGAAUGGAGUAAAACUGGAUUCUGAAAACAAUAUCCAGCUCAUGCCACGUGAGCCUAUAACAAUUAGUCCACCACCACAGAGUACCAAACCAGGAAGAGGAAGGAGAUCCGUCAAGGCUACAUCGGAUGACUUGUUCAGCUCAGACUUCUUUGUGCCAUCUACAGAGAGCCUGAGCUCAGGGGCACAGCCAGCAGCUUCGUCAACUAACCCACUGGACCUUUUCAGAAACAGCUCUACCACAGCAUCUCCAUUGGGUGCUAUAGGUGGCUUGCAAUUAACUUCAACACCAUGGACCCCACAGGAAAUUUCCUUCGCUCAGGCCACAGCAAUCUUUCAUGCGUCAAUGAUGUCUGCUCAGUCUCCAGGAUUUACUCAGCCACUUGCCUUAGGUACUCAGGCAGUGUCAGGCUGGAACCAGUCUUCACCUUUUGGUGCUGCACCCACUCAGUCUUCUGGUCUCUGGUCACAGCCAGCACAAGUUGCACCCAGUUCCUGGGCACAGUUCCAGAGCAGCAUCACAUCCUCAGCGCUCCCAGCCCAGACAGCCUCAGCGCUGCCCUCCAUGUCAACAGCAGCUAGCCCACCCCAGCCACCACCCAGAACUACGCUGCAAAAGGAGCUGUCUAAGAAAGAGAGUGAUGCGUUCAUUGCUCUGGAUCCACUUGGGGAUAAAGAAAUGAAGGAUGUCAAGGAAAUGUUCAAAGACUUCCAUCUGACAAAGCCUCCUGCAGUACCAGCAAGGAGAGGAGAACAGCAAAGCCUUUCAGAACCACCAAAGCCUGUUCCUCGACAAAGUGUGUUGCCAGCUGAAGGCCUGUUUGAAAGUCAAGAUAAAACAGAUCCUUUCGGUGCCUCAUCUAAGGAAUCUCAGAAUCCACCUUCUGGUCCUUUUGGUGAUCAAUUUGGCAACCCAUUUGCAUAGAUCAGGUAUAACCAGAAAAGGACAAAUGGAAUAACUGGACCUCUUCUCAACGUGAUUUUUCUAUGUGUUUCACUUUGCUGUCUGCUAUUCUUGCUGAUGUUUCAUGAUGUCUGCAGUCUGAACUCUAUCCAGGUGGAUUGAAGCAUGGACUCUCAAAGAACGUGCUGUGAAGACAAUUCAGGGCAAAGCAAAUGGGGAUAUUGACUCACGCUGAAAACCCAAAUUUAAGUUGGUGGAUGUUACCUUUACUUUGGUUCUUUGCACUCCUUUACAGAGAGGCUGGUAGCACAGAGUAAUGUGUCUUGUACCAUUUCCCUUUACAUAGCACUUACUGUCCCAAAAUAGAGGAGCUUAAUGUUCCUUGGGGAGAGAUGUUGCCUUUGCAUAAGGGUCUAGAAUUAGUAGCUGAAAGUCCGCAACAUAAACAACUAGGUCAUCUGCUCAUGAUGAUAGCAGCAGCCAGUUGUAAAGUUAAGGGGAUGCUAUGGAGUUCUAAUUGGUGACUGGACAGAUUACUUGGUCUCUCAGCCACAAAAAUGUAACUAUACGUAGAGGAAAAUAAUCUAAUACUGGCCUAUUUAACUAAAAGUAAAGGCAUCAUUCCACCAUAAAUGUGUCAUUAAGGGACUGCGGAGUCUGUAACAGCACUGCUGAAGCCCUGAGUACUAGAGGCCUACACUGUAAACUGAAAAACUUCUUGCAGAACAUUUAGGUAGCUGUGGACACUAACUGUUGUCUUGGUGCUAAUAUGGCAGUUUUCAGGGAGGGAAAACUACUAGGAUUACUUUCCUGUUAAGGUGGCUUGGCAAACAAAUGAAACAAGCAGGUAGGGUUCUUACUUAUAUCUCUGUGAGUCCCUGAUGUGCUCAGUUUGAUUUGUCACUUGGUGUCCUGAGGGAUGUUUCCAGCCUGCUAGAAAACAAAAACACCAAAAGGCUUCACUCCAUGCCUAAGCUCCUGGUGAACAGAUGCACCACCUCUGUGCCAUUAAUGUGAGGUAAAAAAAUCAUCUCUUGGAAAGCUUGCCUUUUCUCAAGAGCCUCUUUACUAACAGGUUUUGGAACCAGAUACAACUGCCUGUGACAGCUACAUUCUUGGCCAGUGGUGAUGACUGAUGUGUCAGAAGUUUUUCUGUUAAUGUUAAGUAUAAACUUGAAAUGUUAUUGUUAAAUCAAAUGCCUAAGCCAUUGCUAAACUGGAGAGCUAAGAAAGUCAACUUGAAUACCGCCUUAGUACCCAAUUCAGCCAGUCAUGCAAUUAGUCUUGUAUACAAACUUCUCUUGCACUUUCUGUAAUGCAAAAAUGUUUAUAAAAAUUGAAAAAAAAUCAUGAAUUUAAGUUUUUGUCUCAAACUGGAAAUGUAGAAACUUAUUGAUGUUACACUGUUAUUAUAUAAAACUGUAGUACCUGUUACUUAAUGGCAUUAAAAAGAAGCAACUCUUCAUAUCAAAUGAA